CACCCACACCCAACCAAGCGGAAAAGGCCGACGCGGGAGCGCGCUCGCUGCGUCGAAGCGGUCGGUUGACGGUCGGGCCGGGGGCGCGCGCUCACGCACCUGGUUAACGAACACCGCCGCCCCCUCACAACACAACACAACACAACAUAACACAGCGGGACGCGCCCUCCCUGUUGACGACGCCGCCCGCACCUCACUGCCCCACCGGAGCCAUAGCGAGCGGCGGGACCGGCCGAGGGAGGGAGGGAGAGAGAGCAGGCAGCUAGCUGAGCGAUGCGGGUUAUGUAAAUCAGAGACGGAGACAGCGGACGGAUGAGCCCAGCGCCAGGCCUCGGACCCUCACCCUUACUAUGCCGAACCAGAAGAGCGUCAAGGGCCGGAAAAAUAAGCGCACCAACAGCAGCGGCGACGAGCAGGAGGCGGCGGCCGGGACGGCAGCUCUGGUGGCCGGAGCCGGGGCCGGGGCCGGGGCUGGGACCGGAGCCGCGGCGGUGGUGGCGACGGCGGCUGGAGCUGGAGCGGCGGCAGGGGCAGGAGCAGGGGCUACCGGAGCCUCAGCCGGCCCGUCCGAGGCGGGCAACGACCACGAUGCGCCCUGUGCUACACCUCUGGUGUGCGGCAUGGGCCGAUCAGUGGAGCUGGACAAGGAUGACUACCAGCGAGUGGUCUGCAACAACGAGCACUGUCCCUUCGGCAACUGGAUGCACCUACAGUGCUUCUACGAGUGGGAGAGCAGCAUCCUGGUGCAGUUCAAUUGCAUCGGCCGAGCUCGCAGCUGGAAUGAGAAACAGUGCCGGCAGAACAUGUGGAACAAGAAGGGUUAUGACCUGGCCUUCCGCUUUUGCUCCUGCCGCUGCGGCCAGGGCCACCUGAGGAAGGACGUGGACUGGUACCAGGUGCGCAGGAGGCAGGACGACAAGAAGAAGAAGGCGGGCGUGCCCAAGGCGGGAGAGCUGGUGUCUGACGACGGCAAGAAGUGCAAGCUCAACCGACCGGCCAAGCUGCACGAGGGGCAGAGACGGCACUCGGUGGACCGGCAGAAUUCUCAGGAGAAAGGCCCGGCCAACGGGAGCCACCGCUCGCCCUGCGGCUCCCCGCCCCACCAGUCCCCGCCCUUGGCCGGCCAGCCCUACCUACCGUUCUCCGCAGGCGGCCCCCGGGUGGCCCGUCAUCUGGGCGAGUUCCUCAAGACGGCACUGCAGGCCGAGGCCUGCCGCAAGCUGCUGCCCGGCGGCUCCCGCUUUGGACAGGGUGAGCCAACGUUGCUGCCUCCUCAGCCGCCGUCCGGGCGGCUGGAGCCCUCGGUGCAGUUCCUCCGGCGGCUGGACCUGUCCGAGCUGCUGGCCCAUGUGCCCAAGCACAAGGUGAACACCUACCACGUGCGGAUGGAGGAUGACGCGCAGGCCGGCCAAGGCGAGGAGCUGAGGAAGUUCAUCCUGGCGGCGCUGAGCGCCAGCCAGAGGAACGUGGUCAACUGCGCCCUCUGCCACAAGGCACUGCCCGUCUUCGAACUCUUCCCGCUGGUGGACGGCACCCUGUUUCUCAGCCCCUCCCGGCACGAUGAGAUCGAAUAUGACGUCCCCUGUCACCUCCAAGGAAGGCUCAUGCACCUCUAUGCCAUUUGUGUGGAUUGCCUAGAAGGAGUGCACAAGAUAAUUUGCAUCAAAUGCAAGUCGCGUUGGGAAGGGGGCUGGCACCAGCUGGGAACCAUGUACACUUAUGAUAUUCUGGCUGCGUCUCCUUGCUGUCAGGCGAGGCUGAACUGCAAGCACUGUGGGAAGCCGGUCAUCGAUGUGCGAGUGGGGAUGCAGUAUUUCUCCGAAUACAGCAACGUCCAACAAUGUCCGCACUGUGGCAACCUAGACUACCACUUUGUAAAACCCUUUUCCUCCUUCAAAGUGUUGGAAGCUUAUUGACGAUUGGUUUCUCUUUUUAUUGUUUUCUUUCUAGAGUAAUUAUUAUGUAGAGGUAUAGAACCUUUACUCGUUUCUGUUUUGGUUGCUUGUGUGUAAGUCUUUAUCCAGUGUUAGCCAUUGGUUAUUGGGUUGGGAGUCGCAGGAGGGUUAGCUGAAUUGGUAAGUUGCCUAUUCCAAGUGAAAAAGAUUUGCAUACAAGCUGCUAGUUCGAUCAGUUGGGUUGGUUUGACACUGCAUCCUCCAAGGUUCUGUUUCCACCUUGAAAAGAAUCAAAAGGGGUUUUAUUUUGCUAUUGUAGUUGGUAAUUGGUGCUUGACGGUUGAAUGUAACUCUACUCUAGGCACCGGGUGCCUUCCCUUUCCGGAGUAUUUCCCUGCCCUUAUUAGGGUUGGUUCAAGACUCCAGUUGUGAUAUGUUGGAUUUAAAGAGGGGAAAUAAUUAUUGUGCAAAGGAGGUGGAUUGAGGCUUGCUGCUUUCAUUUGAUAGGGCCAUGUUUUCCCCCUUUAAGACUUUUUUCCCCUUUAGUCUCUACACUGCAUAUAUUACUGCCAUAACAAAUUCUCAUCCUGCCUUUUCCCCAAGACCUAAAUCCCUGUUGCUUCAAGAGUGGUUCUUUGCCAUAUGUACAGGAAGAAUGGAAGUUUUGCUUAUUGUAGCUUUACAGGCACAUUGAAUGCAACAUGACAAAUACAUCUAAAAUAAAUGAUCAGUUCUUCAAAAUAAACCACAUCACAAUAAUGCAAAAACCAAAGUAUAUUGAGCAACCAUGGUAGUGCAAGGUCCAUAGUGGUUGGGUGCUGUGGCAGAGUUGUGGUUAGGGUUGCGCAGAGUAGUUCAAGAACAUGUUGGGUGAUGGGAAGAAGCUGCUCUUUAACCAGGAGGUAACGAUUCUCAGGCUCCUGUACCACCUUCCUGAUAGUAGCAGAGCAAAGAGAGUGGUCAGGACAGGGUGUGGAUCUUUGAAUACUUCUUGAGGGAGUGCUUCCUGAGGAUCAGUUCAAUGGUGUGGGGAGGACAAUACCCAAAGUGGGCCAGGCAAUGUCUACCACUUUCUGCAGCUUACUUUGGCCUUGAGAAUUCAGAUUAUUGUACACCUGCUGAUAAACCACAUCUUCUGUGAAUGAAGACUUGGAUUUAUAUCAAUGUGAGUUUCUGCUCAAAUUUUCAAUUAUUUCAAAAUGUAGUGACUAAUUGGAUCACAACAUGACAGGUGGCUUUUGCCAUGUUGAUUGUGGGAUAUAUGUUGAAUAGGAACUGAAGAUAAUGUCCUUCCUUUGCUUGGUAAUAAUACCAAAAGACAGAACUUUCAAACAUACAGGACCUCGUUAGUGUUGGGUGGGAGAGUGGGCCCCUGAAUUUGUCCAGGCUGUUUGAUUAGGACUUGAACCCAUAAACCGUAACUCAUAAGCAGUGAUGCCUCCUUGUGCAACAGCUGAUAGGUCAAUUAUUGGAAUAUUGCUUUGAGUUUGGGUUAUGGCUCUAGUAACUCUGAGUUUCCAGUUGCCAGUCAUUUUAUUUCUUCAUUCCACUAUCAUUUCGACUCCACUGUCUUUGGCCACUUAAAAGACCAACACUUUAGUCUCCUUUUUGGUUCAAUACAACCUUUGGGACUCAUUGUUAAAUUUAACAAUCGUAACAUUCAUAGAAUUUGUGUUGAAUUUCUCGCUUCUCCCAAUCUCUUCUUAAUUUUUUUUCUUUUCUCCUACCCUUAUCCAAUUUCUCUCAUCCCUUUUACCUAUCCAUGUUUUUUUUUAAUUGACGUAACUACCUGUCCCUACCAUUUCCUAGUACCAUAUACUCGCUGUUUAACAAAAUGCCCCUCUGGUCUCUUUGAUCUUUACCCCUCUCUCCUUAAACCUAUGCACUCUAGUUUUAGACUUCCCUACCUGUAAAUAGAUGGUGGCUAUUCACCUUAUCCACUCUCUUCAUUAUAUUAUAAACCUCUAUAAGGUCACCCCUUGACCUUUUACACUCUAGAAACUUCUAGGAACUCAAAUUCAUCCAGAUUCGGUAACACAUACUCAGAAAUCUUCUUUGCCCUCUUUCCAGUUUAAUGACAUUCUUCCUAUAGCAAGGUCACCAGAACUGUAUUUAGUACUCCAAAUGUGGCCGUGCCAAUGUCUCGUACAUCUAGUUUAGUUUUUUUAGUUUAGUUUAGAGAUACAGUGCGGAGACAGGCCCUUUGGCCCACUGAGUCCGCACCGACCAGCGAUCCCCAUACAUCAACACUGUCCUACACACACUAGGGACAAUUUACACGUACACCAGGCCAAUUAACCUACAUACUUGUACGUCUUUGGUGUGUGGGAGGAACCCGAAGAUCUCGGAGAAAACCCACGCGGUCACGGGGAGAACGUACAAACUCCGUACAGACAGCACCUGUAGUCAGGAUCGAACCUGGGUCUCUGGUGCUGCAAGCGCUGUAAGGCAGCAACUACCUCCUUUGGCAGCUUGUUCCAUACACCCACCACCCUUGUGAAAAAGUUAUCCUAUUAAAGGAAUUGCCCAGGAAGCUACAGACCAUCUAAAAUCAGACAUCCAUGCAAUAAUCUAGUAGGACCCAUCCUACCACAUGGAGCAUAAAGGGCACCAUUAGGUCCAGCCUCUCAAGGACUUGUUACCCAGAGGUCCAGCCCCAUUACCGGGUGACCCUAUGUUUAGUUUUUUUAGUUUCGAGGUACAGCGCAGAAACAGGCCCACCAAAUCCAUGCCGACAAGGGAUCACACCGUACACUAGCACUUUCCUACACACGAGGGACAAUUUGCAAUUAUACCAAGCCAAUUAACCUACAAACUUAUACGUCUUUGCAGUGUGGGGAAAAAAACAAAACUCUUUGAGAAAAUCCAUGCAGGUCAUAGGGAAAACGUCCAAACUCCGUACAGACAAGCACCCGUAGUCAGGAUUGAACCUGGGUCUCUGGCGCUGUAAGGCAGCAAUGCUACUGCUGCACCACUAUGCCGCCUCAAUGUGCAGUGUCCCAUAUUGUGCUGCUGAGUCCAUUAUCAACAAAUGUAUGUGCCAUUGCUUUACCGCUAUCCCUUCCUCCCCAAAAAUCUUUUACAAGUAUUAUUAGUAAAGGUUGGAUGUGUGCUGAUGAACUGUGGACUCUGAGGUGUUCACUGCUGUCUCUGCUUGCUAUGGCUGCAUCAGCCUGGCGUUGUCUGACUCUGUGCUGAUGUAACCCUGGCAAGAAUGCAUGGGGAGGCAAUUCACUCAAGCAGCUUCUGGAGCUUGGCUUGUUUGGAACCUGCCUCCACCUCAGAGGGCGGUGGAGGCAGGUUCUCUGGAUGCUUUCAAGAGAGAGUUAGAUAGGGCUCUUAAAAAUAGCGGAGUCAGGGGAUAUGGGGAGAAGGCAGGAACGGGGUACUGAUUGGGGAUGAUCAGCCAUGAUCACAUUGAAUGGCGGUGCUGGCUCGAAGGGCCGAAUGCUGCCGAAUGCUACUGCUGUACCUAUUGUCUAUUGUUUGGAGAGUCUGAGAUUGUUAUAUUUGGAGUUGGGUUAUUUAAAGUGAGAUUUAAUAGUGAUGUUUAAAAUUCUGAAGGGUUUAGAUUAGGGGAAACCACUAUCUGAAGGCAGAUUACAGUGGGGAAUAGAGUUUACAUGAUUAGAUCACGAGCGAUGACCUAUAGAAUGGUUACAACACAGUUGAAGACUAUUUCAUGCAUUGGGUCUUUGACAUUUUGUAAGAACAUUCAGCCUGUACUGUUCCCUCACCCUCUUCCUCCAAAUCUGCAGGUAUAUCUAACCGAUUCCUUUAAGAAAAUAGUGAUUAAAUUUUUACUGUUUUGCCCAUGCAACCAAUGUUACACACCAUUAGAAUCUGUUACAACACUUGUCUCCCCUCCACUACCAAUCUCCCUUAAUCAAUGAACCCUGGUUUGCAAUCCUGAGACCAGUUUCUCCUUAUUUACUCUUCAGACUCUUGAUGUUUUCCAGCUCUUCAAUCAGAUCGCCCCUUGUCUUAAAAAAAAAAACUCCAACUUUGCUAAUCUUUCUACCUAACCUGAACCUCUCACCUCUGGAUGCUCUCUAGUAAAUCUCUCCCUCCACAACCACUCCACCUUCACAUUUAUGCGACUGGUUUUAAACUUGACUGAACUCUCAAAAUGUUGCAAGAGCCAGAUUUAAGUGUAACAUUCAACAUAUAAUUGGACCUGUGUUAGAAGAGGAGAAAUACUGCACAUCCAUAGGGAGAAGAAGAGGUGGCACAGUGGCGCAACGGUAGAGUUGCUGCCUUGCAGCGCCAGAGACACGGAUUCGAUCUUGACUAUGGGUGCUGUCUGUACGGAGCUGGUACGUUCUCCCUGUGACCACGUGGUUUCCUCCGGGUGCUCCAAAGGCGUGCAGGUUUGUAGGUUAAUUGGUUUUGAUAAAAAUUGUCCCGUGUGUGUAGGAUAGUGUUAGUGACUGCUGGGCGGCACACACUCGAUGGGCCGGACAGCCUGUUUCCGUGCCGUAUCUCUAAAGUCUUAUGGUAUAGUGGACAUGUUGAGAGUAAUUGGAUUACUCUUUUAGAGGUACAUCUUCCUUCUGUACCUCCUGCAUCCUAUUUGAGUAGUGGUGCUAUACAAGUAGAUCUAAUUGGAGAAUUGGUCUGCUUUGAACCUUUGGCAAUCAGAUGGAAGAGGAUCCUUGGAAGCUCUUGUACACCUGUUCACUGUGGUCUAAAUUCUGAGCUUGUUGCCUUGCUCGGUAUUGAUAAAGGAUAAAAGAUUCUGCAUUGGAGAAAGGGUUUCCAUUUAUGAAGUUGAUUCUUCACUUUGGAGAAUGAGCCUCAAUCAAUCAAGUUUUAUUCUUCACUUGCACAUAAGUGCAAGAGAAAUGAAUUCGCCAGCAGCUGUACAAUAAACAAAUUUAACACAAACAUCCAUCACAGCAUUCUUCACUGUGGUGGAAUUCACAAAAUUUGGCCAGUCCUCCUCCAUUUUCCAUUACAGCCUAUUAGGAUGGUUGUCAUCUUCCCCCCCCCCCCCAUAUCCCCAAUCCUUUUAUUCACCCCUUCUCCCUGUGAACCCAAGUGGUUGGUGUGAUCCCUAACCUGACUGUCAGAGCUGAUGGUUUUGGACUAAGACUUUUCCUUGCACUGUUGACAUUUACCAGACUGAUUGGAUUGGGACUUCUGAUCCCAUUAGAAGCUUCUCCCCUCUAAAUGCCCCGUUUUAAUGAUGACAUUUGCUGAUGGCCUCACGCUGCUUAUCCCAGUCAAAAAUAUACAGAAUAUAAAUUGUUUCUUGGAAAAAAAAGUUAUUUUUGCAUUAGGAAAAGUUUGUGUGUCUGAGAGAGUGUGUUUGAGCUUGUGUGCAUACAAUAAGGGUUAGUACAGUAUUAUACAAGUAAGCGUUUUUAACUGCUUUCUAAGCCUGAGGAACACAAGCUGGCAGACCUGAACCUGGUGCAGGCUUCAUGCUUUUAUUGAGAUGCUUCACUGCUCCACUUGUGAAAAGUGAAUGGCGAUCAAAGGUUUGAGGAUAUUGUGUUGUAAAGCUUAUUGUUCAGGUGGUAAAAGCCACAAUUUUGGUUAAGAGCACAUUUUUACUUGCAAUAAAUUAUGGUAAGAAGCCUUUUGA